CCACCUGUGCCACUCUGCAGUGUCACACACCUGUGCCCAGAAGUGCCACCCACCUGUGCCCACCAGUGCCACCCACCUGUGCCCACCACGGUUGUGCCAGUCAGUGCCGUCUAUCAGUACCCAUCAUCAGUGUCACCUAUCAGUGCCGCCUAUCAGUGCUGCAUAUUAGUGCCGCCUAUCCGUGACACCUCAUUAGUGCUGUCUAUCAGUGCCGCCUAUCCGUGCCACCUCAUUAGUACUGCCUAUCAGUGCCCUUUAGUGCUGCCUAUCAGUGCCCAUCAGUGCCCAUCAGUGCUGCCUCAUCAACGC